UUGUGGUGGGGCAACCGUUGGGCAGCGAUGGCAGAUCCCCUAUAUUGUUUGUCUGUAUACACAGCGUCGUUUGGAUAUCUUCCAUCUUUUUACUUUGGUAUAUCUUAGCUACCGCGUCAUAAUAUUUGAUCGGCAAUUUGAUCGGGCUUGCUGUGACCAACACUGCAUCAAUCACUAUGGCUCCCACUCCCUAUUUCAGCAGUGUCAUCUCAGAGUCCGCUUUUAAGGCUCGUUUCCAAGCCGAAAAUGGGGUAAACUUCUGCCAGCUACCUAACGCAUCCGCUAGUUAUUGGGGACGGUUACAUCUACUUGCAUGUCGUGUAAUACGGCGAGAACCACAGCGCCGUUUGCUUCCGAUACUAUCAGACUACGCAAAAUCCUCUGACCUGCACCCAGAAUCGAUGGAGAUCAGAGCGUUUUUAGAGGGUCCCACCGCAACACAAAUGGCCCAAAGAGAACACUCUUUGGUGCGUAAAUCUGACUGUGGCAUCACUCUAGCGCAAACAUGGGCGGCAAUGGCAAUGUUCAAAGGGAGCACGGAUCGACACACCGCAGAUAUACCCUCUACACCGGAAAGAAAUGAAAUUGGAAAUGUAAAUGAGGAUGAGCUACGGCAGUCAAAGCGUCUGAAGCGCGAUACUUUCCAGCCAGACUUUCAAGACUCCAGCGGGAUGCGAGUUGGUUCGAGCAGCCCACCACAGGAAGGCUUUUAUAACGGGUCACCUGACGGGUCAAAAGUCUCGUCUAUUGGCUAUAUCGAUUCCGAUGCACAUUUCGCAAGCAUGACAGUAGAAGAUGACACACUGCGACUCGCGUCUUGCGUAAUUCGACACAUUCUCUAUUUUGCCCCGCCGCAAGACUCGCCAUCCCUGCCAGUUGUUGUCGAGUUUCGGGAUGCUAAGAGCAGAAUCGCUGCUACGACACCCGCUGAACGAAAGCAGAUCAUCGCGAUUGAUGACGGUGGCCUUUGUUUGAGACAGAAAAAGCCAUAUGGGGGGGUUGUGCUUGCAAAGAAGCACGUAGCACUCGUGGAGGCGAAGACGCAGUUUCAAUGCCUGGAGGAGGGUAGACCAAUCAUUUCAGACAGGAAUUUGGCACAGAUGGUGUGCGAGGCCUUAGCUACCAGACUAUCCAACAGACCCGAUCGCGUCAUUGUUAUUAAUGCCACCCAGCACUACAUGUGCUUUCUCCAGAUGGACAUAAGUGACGAUUACCUACUUGACUUUGAGGUGACGACACCGAGACAUAUGCUAUAUGUCAGCUCUACGCCCUGGUUCGACAUAAGCCAAAGAAGUGGGAGGGAGAGUAUCUUGGCCAACCUAUGUGGAAUCAUGCGGCGUGCGAUGAGUUUGGCCGGGGCACCCUCUUCAGAAUAG